UGUGCAUACUUGCUGUUUGUUGGCCGGGCGUGGGUCACGGGCCAAGCAAACUGCACCUCAGCGGGCAGUAUAAGACUCACAAGGGGCUGCGACGCCGACCAACGCAUGCCCCGUCGCCGCUGUCGCAUACACGCUGUGCGCCAUCAUCGCACCACCGCCCAUGCCCAAUUACGACCCGCACCCCGACCCACGAUCCACGACCCACUCACCACGACCCACUCACCACCACUAGCCAGAUCGCCUACGGCAUCCGCCGCCAACUCGCCAUCUCACCGACCGAGAAUCCGCAUACCGCAGUGGCGUAAUACCUGAUAGCCGCGGCAGGCAAAGUUGCUGGAGUUGGAGCGUGGUCUAUUCUGCGCCUGGACACCCUCGUCAUAAGCAGUGCAGGACGCCGGCUAUCCGCCGCCGCUCGACACAUACACCAUGAACGUCGAGGUCGAGUACUCCGACCUCGAGGGCGUCGAGGGCGCCGAGGCCAUCCUUGCUGCCAUCACGCCGACGUCGCGCGCAAUCAAAGCAGCGUACAACCAGCUCGGGGACGACGGCGUCGAGGCCCUCGUCGCUGCGUUGCCUCCCCACAUUGAGCGCCUUGACCUCACAGACAACGAGGUGGGCGACCGCGGGCUGCUCACUACGCUGGGGUAUGCCGCGCGCAAUAGCGGGCUCAAGCACCUCUCGCUUGCCUUCAACGCAAUUCAUCUUGACGAAGCGACCACCGCGCCCGCCAUCGCGGCGCUCAACGCCUUCCACCUCGAAUCCCUCACCCUCUUCUCCAACCACCUCGAGCCGGCCGCCAUGACCGAGCUAUUCGAGCACCUCUCCGCGCCGCAGCUGUCAACACUCCAAAUGAGCAGAUGCAACGUCGACGACGAAGCGGCCGCCGCCAUCGCAAACUACCUCUCCUCACCGCGUGCUGGCGCUCUCACGACCCUCGACCUGGGGAACAACUGGCUCUCCGCUCUGGCGGUCAAGGACAUCAUCGACGCCGUCGAGAGCGCGCACUACGGCCUCGUACAUCUGUCUCUUGCGUCUCACGGCCUGCGCGGAACACGCGGGUGUAUCCUCUUCAAACCCGACUAUGACCCCAAGGCCGAUGUCGCCGCGCCGCAGCUGGUUGAGAUAGUGCACGAGCUGCAGAGCCGCCUGCCGGGCGUGCUGACGCGCAAUAGGGAGCUGUGCCGGCGGACAAUGGCGGCGGCCGCGCGCGCGCGGUAGCGCGGGCGAGGAUACUUCUCCACGCGGCCGCCAGGAGCAGCGGGACGACGACCACCGCCACCGCCACCGCCACCACAGCAUUCCCAUUCACUCGCCUCCCCCCAGAGCUGCAGCUCGCCAUCGCGCGCCACGCCUCGGGCGACGCGCACGCGCUGACCGAGACCCAGUGGGCGGGGGUGGUGCGCUACGCCUCGAGGCGCGCCACGCUCGGCCGCAUGCACCCGUGCCCCGUGUCGACGCUGCCCUUUGACGCGAGGGUCGGGCUUGCACUGACUUCCUGGUGCGAGGCGCUCGGGGUUGGGAGGUGGGAACGAGAGACGCGCGGGUGGGAGGCGCCCAGUCCGCGGCUUGGGGCUUGAGCACAGUAGGAGCAUUUAUCACGACCCACACGCAUUCCACACGCACUACACGCGUUAUGACACCACGACACGACACUCACAUUACAUGUACUUGUACCGUAGCACAUCCAUGAUCAUGACAAGGCUCCACCAGCUGCACCCAGCACACCAUUAUGGCCCUCGAGGCUGUCACCGUGCCUGCUUUCCCACGCUCGCUCGCCGGCAGCCUCCACCUCCACCAACGUGUCCACCAAACCCGACUUGAUCUCCCUCCCAGUCCCCCCAAUCACCCCAAUACCAGCGACUCGCCGGCAUGCUCCUCCUCCUCGCCGCAGCACUAGCAGCAUUAAUAGCGGCGCUUUCCCUGCGCCUCCGCGCAGUCCUGCCAAGCGGCACGCCGCCACCCCGCCGCACCACCCCCGCGCGGCUGGGUGUGUUCCUCGGCUCAGGCGGCCACACGGGCGAGAUGCGCUCCCUGUUGUCCGUGCUCGAUGGGAAGCGCUACGCGCCGAGGGUGUACGUCUACGGCGCGGGGGACGAGAUGAGCCUGCGUGCUGUCGUCGAGGUGGAGGGCGCGCUGGGCGGGACUACGAGCGGGGCGUGUACGCUGCUCGCGUUGCCGAGGGUGUGCGCGGUGGGCGAGGGAAGGCCCUCGGGUGUCCGCGUCGAAAACGCUCGCCAUCGCGCUGUGAUAUACGUUUGUGCUGACGUUAUUGCAGCGUCCCAGUACGCCUUGGGUCGACGUGCUCCUCAAUGGGCCGGGCACGGCCGUCGUCCUCGUCGCCGUCGCCCGCCGGAUCCUCGGCCUGUCGUACACGUGCAUUAUUUACGUCGAGUCUUUUGCGCGUGUCAAGACGCUGUCGCUUAGCGGCAAGCUGCUCCGUCCCUUUGUCGACACGUUUGUCGUCCAGUGGCCUGACGCUUCUGGACCGGGUGCGACCAAGGCCAACGCCGCCGACGCCGACUCCCGCUCCCGCCCAUCAUCAGGGGUCACGUACCGUGGCUUCCUUGUCUAGAUAUGCACUUGCCGUGCUCACCGUCUGCACAUGACUUGUGAC